UCAUUAGUUCGAUAUCUGGUUCGAUUUCGAACGAGGUAAUUUCCCACUUUCGGACGGUUUCUGCUUAUUGUCAUGUAAAGCCGCCUUUCCGUCGUUUGAUCGGGUCAAAAAGAUGUCUGUGCGCUUCGCGGUCAGCUCCGUGAAGGAAGAUGAAGAUGGAAUAACCAACGAGCCGGCGUCGGCGAGCUCGCCGAGCGAGGCCAGCGGCCCUACGCUGUCCCCCACCUCCCCGCCGCCGAGGAUCGAGAUCGUGGAGUACGGAAGGGAACCCCACACGUACAACGACAAAGAUGGUGUAGAAGAGGAGGAUGAGACAGGGGAGACCAUCUCCCCCACAUCUCCUACGUCUCCUCUUACUAACUCACACAAUAAGGACAAGGAACCAGGAGUCGCAGACAGUAAUGAAUUAUUACUCCAACCUACCAAAGGAAAUGGCCCAUCCAAACAUAAUGAAGCCAGUCCCUUCAUAGAUUUAGAGAAAGAUGAUCCGGAGACAAAUCUAGCUUUGUAUGAGGAUGAGAUCCACAGACGACCGGUGGUGUCCACCAUACUACAGGGGCUGGUCAGCUACAACCCUGUCCAACCAGGGGAGAAGGAACAUCAGCAAGGGGAGGGCAAACAAGUUCCACGGAAAAACCAGCUGGGUACGUUGAUAGGAGUGUACCUGCCAUGUCUACAGAACAUCCUGGGAGUGCUGCUGUUUGUUCGUCUGUCCUGGAUCGUGGGCAUGGCAGGAGUACUGGAGGCUUUCAUCAUCGUCUUCAUGUGUUGUUGCACAACCAUGCUGACAGCCAUAUCCAUGAGUGCUAUUGCUACAAAUGGCAUCGUGCCAGCCGGAGGCUCGUACUUCAUGAUAUCCCGAUCACUGGGCCCAGAGUUUGGAGGAGCUGUGGGGAUCCUGUUCUACCUGGGAACAACGUUUGCGUCGGCCAUGUAUAUUCUGGGAGCCAUUGAAAUUCUGCUGACCUACAUAGCACCACAGAUGGUUCUGUUUGGCACCAUCACCGGUCCGGAGGGUCAGGGCAACCUCUUCAACAACAUGCGUGUGUACGGGACGGCCCUGCUGCUCAUCAUGGGAGCCAUCGUGUUUGUAGGGGUCAAGUUUGUCAACAAGUUUGCCACGGUGGCCCUGGCCUGUGUCAUCCUGUCCAUCCUGGCUAUCUUCAUCGGAUUCUUUGUUACUGCUGGCAUUCCCCCCUCACAACCAAAGAUCUGUGUGGUAGGAGAGAUCCUGGUAAACCCUCCCGAUAAGGACUGUAGCUACAUGGGACCCAACAACACCGUUAACGACCUGUGGAAGGUUUACUGCGGGGAGGAGACCAACGCCACCUGUGACCCGUACUACGAGGACAACCACCCGCGGAAGAUUCCCGGGAUUCCUGGCCUCGGACGCAACAACGAGUUUGUUAAAAACGGACUGAACAGCUACAUGUUGGCGGGAGACGCGGCACCUCGCAGAAAAGGCUUCCCGGACAGGUACGAGAUCGUGGCAGACAUCACAACGACAUUCACCGUCCUACUGGGCAUCUUCUUCCCUUCUGUCACAGGAAUCAUGGCAGGUUCCAAUCGGUCAGGUGACUUGAAGGACGCCCAGUACUCCAUUCCCAGAGGCACCAUCGGUGCCAUAGCAACCACCUCCACCAUCUAUCUGACUUCUGUCCUCAUGUAUGGGGGCACAGCAGACGGGCGACUGUUGAGAGACAAAUAUGGUGACAGUAUGGGAAAAGGCAUGUUAGCAGCCCAGGUGUGCUGGCCCAAUGAAUGGGUGGUCCUGAUUGGUUCCUUCCUGUCCACUGUGGGGGCGGGGCUUCAGAGUCUGACCGGUGCUCCCCGUCUGCUGCAGGCCAUCGCAAAGGACAACGUGAUCCCCUUGCUGGGUAUCUUCUCGCGCCAGUCCUCACGAGGAGAGCCCACCUUCGCCUUCUUCCUCACACUCUUCAUCUCCGAGGUGGGCAUCCUCAUCGCCAGUCUGGACGCUGUAGCCCCCAUCAUCACCAUGUUCUUCCUGAUGUGCUACCUGUUUGUCAACGUGGCGUCUGCACUGCAGACAUUGCUCAAGUCCCCCAACUGGCGACCCAGAUUCAAGUUCUAUCACUGGACCCUGUCCAUCCUGGGUGCAGGCCUGUGUGUGGCACUGAUGUUCAUCUCUAGCUGGUACUAUGCGCUGGCUGCCAUGGUCCUGGCUGGGGGGAUCUACAAGUACAUAGAGUACAGAGGGGCUGAGAAGGAAUGGGGAGAUGGUAUCAGAGGUCUGGCCCUGUCUGCUGCUCGUUACAGUCUACUCAGACUGGAGGAGGCACCGCCACAUACUAAGAACUGGAGACCACAGAUCCUGGUUCUGUGCAAACUAGAGGAUGACUUGGUGCCAAAACAUAAGCAGCUGCUCACCUUUGCAAGCCAGCUCAAAGCAGGCAAGGGUCUGACCAUGGUAUCAGCAGUUGUGGAGGGAGAAUAUGUUGACAACUAUGGCACAUGGCAAGCAGCAAAGCAGUCUCUGAAGAGAGUGAUGGAGGAGGAGAAGGUGAAGGGAUUCUGUGAAGUCAUGGUGACUCCCAAUGUUAUACAAGGCUUGUGUCACAUGAUCCAGACUGCAGGUUUGGGUGGUUUGAACCACAACACAGUUGUGCUGGGCUGGCCACACGGGUGGAGACAUGCCACAGAUCCCAAGGCUUGGAGGGUCUUCAUCGAAACUGUGAGGAACGUGUCUGCGGGACAUCAGGCCCUGCUGGUGCCAAAGGGGAUUCAGCUGUUCCCUGACAACAACGAGAAGUACACAGGCACCAUCGACGUCUGGUGGAUUGUCCAUGACGGAGGCAUGCUGAUGUUACUCCCCUUCCUCCUCAAGCAACACAAAGUCUGGAAGAACUGCAGGAUGAGGAUCUUCACUGUCGCUCAGCUGGAAGAUAACAGUAUCCAGAUGAAGAAGGACCUGGAGCACUUCCUGUACCACCUGCGUAUCGAGGCAGACGUACAGGUCGUGGAAAUGAUGACCAGUGACAUCUCAGCCUACACGUAUGAACGUACGCUGAUGAUGGAGCAGCGCAACCAGAUGCUGAAGCAGAUGCACCUCAGCAAGAGGGAGAGCAGAAAAGAGAUCCAAUCCCUGACAGAUAUGCACAGGUCGAAGGCUCCUAGCACUGCCGUCAGUGACAGUACCAUCUCAGAGGUGGACGAGGAGGAGCCUUUUGCCAGCGGGAAGACUGCCAAGGCCAAAGGCGACUAUGGUUCCCUCGAUGAAAAGGUAUCAAAAACGGACCCCUGGAGCCCGGAGGUUCAGAACGUGGUAGACAUCCAUCACAAAGCGCGGGACAGCAAAGCAGAGGAGUCAUCCCCGGACGAUGUACUCCUUGAAGGAGCCUCGCCCACCGAGGAGGAGGCGGCUGAGCCAAAGAAGAAGACGAAGAAGACCUUACCACCCAAGGGUGACUUUGGCAACCUACUGGACAUUAAACCAGAUGAGCGUAACGUCCGGCGGAUGCACACAGCGGUGAAGCUGAAUGAGGUGAUCGUACAGAAGUCCCACGGAGCCAAGCUGGUCCUCAUUAACCUGCCAGGACCGCCCAAGAUGAAGGCUGGCGAUGAGAACUACAUGGAAUUCUUGGAGGUUCUAACAGAGGGACUGGAACGUGUACUGAUGGUACGGGGAGGCGGUCGGGAGGUCAUCACCAUCUACUCAUAAACUACAACAUCCCGACCACCCCUGUUCUAAAAUGGUAGUGGACCACUCCACAACAGAUGACCCACCCAACUUCAGACUAGUCCACUUGAGAAUGGGUUACUUGUUAGAUGAAUACUACAAGUAUGCGUUACGGAAUGUAUUUUAGAGAAUGCUUUAUUAAGAGUUGGAUGUGCAUUGAAUCACAGUUUCUUGUUGUGCCCUUAGAUUUUGCUGUACUUCAAAAAGAUCGGCAGUCAGUAUAGCACAAGGAGGGUUUGGUGUAUGUUAAUAUGAUGUCUGGUUUGUACUUAAAGAGAGUUUGGAGUAGGGGCUAGCUGCUGUACAUGUAUCUGUACCUCACAAGUUGAAGUCACUACUGUCUACAAGUACAAUCAAGCAAUGCAGUUUUACCUCUUACUACCUAUUGUUGGAUGUGGCAUUCUCGUAUUACCCUGCUGUUAGUAAUGCAUUCAGCUUGUAACAAACAUAUGUACAGUGCUCGUUUAAAAUCUUUCAGCUACAUAUACUGUGCAAAUUUUAUUUCAGUGGCAAUCAAUGAAUUGCAUGAAUCCAUGUCCUUUAAUCUCACUUACACAAGGAGAAACCAUUAAAAACCAAGAGACCUACAAGUGAAAGCUAGGAAACAAACUCAUUUUUUAUAUAUAUUCCUCUGACUUGCACUGAAGUGGUCUUGUACUAUUUGUUCCCUGUCAUGUUGGUUUGGACUGAAGUACUGUUACAGUAGCUGCUAUAUAGUGCUGAAAGUAGAAAGCACAAAGUUGUACAUAGGAACAUUUUGUAUAUUUGUUGUUAUUGAUUAGCUGAGAAUAGAGAAAAGUUUAUGGGUGAUCUGCUUGUUUGUGCUCAUUCGUGCCAUAACAGAAGGAUUCCAGUUGCAGUUACUGAGUUGUGGUUACAUUUCGGGACAGGAAAAAAACGGAACAGUAUCGUCACAGGAGGAAUGUACAUGUUUGAAUGUUCAUACAGCAUGAUUUGACAUGACAAAAAAUGAUUGUUUAAUGUCAGAUUCCUUCAUGGGAAAAGCCAAGCAAAAGGCGGCUCUACUUUCUGCUUUUCACACUGACGUCUACACGUAGUUUACAUUGGAUUAUAGAAAUUAGUAUGUAUAGUUCUACAAGCUUCUCAAAACUGUUUGAGAUCUGCCUAUACAUAGUUUAGACAUAGGUCCUAGGACACUUCAAAAUGUUCUUACGUUGGGGGCCUACGAGUUGGUAGAAAUUUUAUUUUUACAUUCACUUAGCACAGGACAAUACUUAGAAGCUCUAUAGGCGUGUAUAUGACGACUGUGAUGUUUUUUACUUGCCUAGUUUUGUGAAGCCUAGUGGGGAAAAUGUUGCAGUUUUAUUACAUGUACACAAAUGUAUUCGGGUAUUUGUGUGUUAGCAUUAUUUGGUCUACU